CAAAACCCUAACCCUAAAGUGAGGGUUUGCAUUUUAGGGCGGGCGUGAUAAGGCUUGAGGAUUCUCUCUCCCUUCCUCUCUCCGUCUGUGCAAGAGUCUGUAGCUCGGCAGCCAUGGGUAUCGACUUAGUCGCUGGUGGGAAGAGCAAGAAGACGAAGCGCACAGCCCCCAAAUCUGAUGAUGUCUACCUGAAGCUCCUCGUGAAGCUCUACAGGUUUCUGGUGCGAAGAACGGGAAGCAGCUUCAAUGCUGUCAUUCUGAAGCGGCUGUUUAUGAGCAAGACCAACAGGCCGCCGCUGUCGCUCAGGAGGCUGAUCCGGUUUAUGGAACGAAAGGGCGAUAAGAUCGCUGUUGUCGUCGGCACCGUCACGGACGAUACUAGGGUCUAUGAGGUCCCGGCUUUGAAGGUCACGGCCCUUAGGUUCACGGAGAGGGCGAGGGCUAGGAUUGAGAAAGCAGGAGGAGAAUGCCUGACCUUUGACCAGCUUGCUCUCAGGGCUCCGCUUGGCCAGAACACGGUUUUGCUGAGAGGUCCUAAGAAUGCCCGGGAGGCACACAAGCACUUUGGAAGAGCUCCUGGUGUGCCUCACAGCCACACCAAGCCUUACGUCAGGUCCAAGGGAAGGAAAUUUGAGAAGGCUAGGGGGAGGAGGAACAGCAGGGGUUUCAAGGUCUGAGGGUGGUUUACUCGCUGUUCCAUAUUCUUGCUGGUUUUGCUUUAGGAUAUUGAAUUCCCGAGUACCUUUCCUCAUCAAGUUUUGUUUGUUUAAGUUUUCUCUCUGUGGGGCGAAAACCCUACAAGAGUGAUAUUCGAAUGAUCGUUUGAAGACUUCGACAAGAUUUAAUAGUUCGAUUCUAGAUCACCUUUGGUUUCGGUUUA